AUUAUUAUUAUUAUUAUUAUUUGCAGAGACAACAGUUGUCUCUGAUUAUUUGCAUAAUUAAUUUUUUCUCUGGUACCAAUCGAUUUCUAGUGAGGAACUGCAUGUAAAAAAACUCAGGAACUAAAUCACCGUCCGUAAAGUUCUACCGAUUGUUCUGAAUCAAAUAAUUACCAAUAUUACCAUAGAGAAAGGGAAAGAGUCUCUUGUCUCUGAUAAUUACUUAUCUAACUCAAAUAUGGAACCCUCUUUUCGUAGUUAUCAACUAUUUAAUUCAUUGCAAAAGUGCUGUCGACUGAAAAAAGAUAUUAAUUCAUAUUCAUCUUAUAAACAGUUAUAUUGUGAAAAUAAAAAAGGGAAAAUUGGAACUGGAGCAUGGUUAUUACUGGCAGCUCCGGCUACAGCAUUAGCUUUAGGCACUUGGCAAGUUCAGCGUAAGGCUUGGAAGGAAAAUUUAAUAGAGCAUCUGAAGGAGAAAACAAAAAGUGAUCCUGUUCCUUUAAGUGAGAAUUUGGAUCAAUUGAAUGAGAUGGAGUUCAGACCUGUGUAUGCUAGAGGACAGUUUCUACAUGAGAAAGAGCUUCAUAUGGGCCCCAGAAGUUUGUUAAUCAGGGGUGAUGCUCAAGAUCAGAGAGGUUUAAUGUCAGAAUAUGGUUCUACUAAUCAAGGAUAUCUAAUAAUCACUCCUUUCAAAUUAGAAGGACAAAAUAAAACUAUUUUAGUCAACAGAGGAUGGGUCCCAAGAAAUAAUAAAAACCCGGCUUCCCGUAAAGAAGGUCAGGUUGAGGAUGUGGUUGAUAUUGUUGGUAUUGUUAGGUUACAGGAAAAUCGUCCAAAUUUCAUGCCAAAAAACGAUGAAUUGAAAAACCAAUGGUUUUAUAGAGAUAUUGAAUCCAUGGCAAAAAUCACAGGAUCGGAACCAAUAUUCUUAGAUUUGACAGAUGACAUACAUAUUCCUGGAGGUCCUGUAGGAGGUCAAACAAGAGUGAAUUUAAGAAACGAACACCUGUCUUAUAUUCUUACCUGGUAUGGUUUAGCAGCAGCUACCGGUGUUUUAUGGUACAUGAAAUUUGUUAAAAAUGUUUCAUUUAAGUGAUAGGCAUUUUUUUUAUAUCAAGGAUAUUAGGUAUCGUGAAAUAAAAUAUUUUUGGAUUCGGUUGGAUCAUCGUUUUUUCAAAUAUCGAAUUGAUGAAAUAUUUGUGGUUGUAAAAUUCAUCUGAUAAAUCAUUCUUGUCAGAAAAUUAAUUUUACCUAUAAAAAAGAUUUUGCUGAAAAUAAACAAAAAUGACAAAACAUAA